ACAACACUACACUUCGCAUCACCCACAAACACACCCAAAAAAAACACACACAAAGAUCUUCACUUCAAAAGCCAAAUGAAUUUCAACACCAAUCUUGAAUCCGAUUACGCUCUUCUAGAAUCAAUUCAACGCUACCUCCUCGACGAUAACGGAGACUUCAACGCUCUAACGGCGGUUAUUGCAUCACCUAACGGCGUUUACCCAAGGGAGAGUGAUGGUGAGUCAACGUCCACCCUUCACGCCAAUGCCGUUAAUUCCCCGUCAGUUUUUUCCGAACAGGAGGCAACGGUUGCCACAGCGGCGCGUGGGGCUUCGUCUUCGGCGCGUGGGGGACACGCGCCUUAUCAAAAUUACAAGGGAGUGAGGCGUAGGCCUUGGGGUAAGUUUGCAGCUGAAAUAAGGGACCCAAAGAGGAAUGGGGCAAGGGUGUGGCUUGGGACUUAUGACUCAGCUGAAGAUGCUGCUUUGGCUUAUGAUCGAGCCGCUUUUGAAAUGCGCGGCUCGAAAGCUAAGCUAAAUUUUCCUCAUUUGAUCGGGUAAGA